AGCGGAUGAGAAAUGCGCAGAACUAUGGGAGGAUAGGAGUGUGAUGGGCUUUAAGCAUGAGCCAAGGAAGGCAUGAAUGAGCUGUACCUCACCCAAGAUCUGACGGCAGAGAUCAGUAAACUUCACGAUGUGCUUCAUCUCAAACCCUAGUCUAACGCCAGUCUUCCUGCAGACAGUUCCGAGAGCAGGUCUCGACGUCGCUUGCCCUUUAAGAGGGCUCUCGGCUGCUCGAGUGGGUGAGGAUCAGUGUGUGAAGAUUGAUAUUAGACUAGGAAAACAAACCUUAGUUAACUUUUAUUUUCAUUUCUGCUGCUGCUUUGCUGCACCUCCUUUCUCUUCCCUUCAGGGUUUACUGUGGUUCUCACUGGUCUGUUUCUGUAGCCUUCCAGGAGAGAGGAGAGCAUUUUGGGGACUGAAAGCUUCAAGUUCCUGCCAAGGAACUGGUUCCUGCCCUCGUGGUUGGUGAGGAGGGUAGUCUGCAUAUUUAGCUAGCUAGUUAUUUGCAUGUGAAGUCCCCAGAGGCUUACAGACUGUUGAGAGGUUCUGCAAGGCAUGCAAACAAACAGACCAACAGGCUGGAAAGUUCUUGGAGCUCUGCAGCAUUCCGGUGUGUGAAAGGCUCUGAGAAGUCUCAACCCAGCAUUUCCAAACUUCUUUGAGCCUAAAACUCUUUUCUCUCAUACCUGGUCCCAGACCCCCACAAAACAUGUUUUGCAGAACUUCUGCCAACUUUGGGAUAGCUUACCCCCUUCCUAUUCUGGGAAAGGUUUUAUUGCUUGCAGACCCCUCAGAAGCUAGCGUGUGGUGUAUGUGGGCUGUUUUCCCCAGCUCAGCCUGGGUCAUGAACAAACGGGCAGUUUGGCCUGAAUCUUGGGGCAGGUUGGGGAGAGCACAUAGACUCUGUGAUUUGGGGAGUGGGAGAGCUUUGACCUUGGGGAGAGGAGAGCCAUUGGUUUUUAGCCUAAGCCGGCUCUUUUACGUUUUGCUUCUGGGACUUGUCCCUGGAAAUGUACUUGCAGCAAUGUGGGAAGUGAGGGGACCCCUGCCAUACCCCCCAACAUCCGCUGUAGAGCACCGACCUUCAUCCCUCACCCUGGUCCUCCAUGGUGCAGCAGCAUCUCAUGGGCCUUGCGGCUCUCAGAGCUCGUGGUUGGAACCCUGUCCACUUGUCCCAAACCUGGAGGGGCAGCUGCAGAUAAGGUUUGGAUCCCCUGGUGUCUCUGUGGAUUCUGAGUGCCCGGGAGGGGAGGGGAGGGGGGAAGGUGGCAUCCUGGCCUCCAGGAUAAAUGCCUGGAAUAUACGGCGGCGCCACGGGCACUUGGAGACCCUGUCCUGCGCAUCUGCCAAGCCUGGCAAUUUUUAGAGUUUUUUGAAAUGUUUUGAUACUUUUUGAUACAAUUUGCUAAUAACUGUUUUAUAGAAUGCCUGACGGGGGUUUUCCACCUCAUCCCCUUCCUCCGGCCCCUUGAUUUGUGCUGGACAACAGAUGGCCAGUGGUCAGCACCAGGACCUCGCCUCGUGUGGCUUUGUCUUGGAUCUUGCCCUUCUCCGUCACUGAUGCGAUGCAGCUCUAGAAUUUCGUGAAGCUGCAUGCAAAGUUGCACGCAGCCCAUGGGUAUGACUGUCUCAGGCCCCCAGCUGAUUUGCCAAGAGGAAACCUUAAUUCCCUUGAGAGGGUCUGCUUCUUCCAGAGCUCCUACCUCAGUGGUGUGCACAGAGUUGGAGAGACACCUGAGGGCCGGUCCACGUCUCACCUUUGCCAUACGGGUCAUUUCUUGAUCAAAUAUAUGACUGGGGUCCUGGUUUACUCCCGUCCACCCUUUCUUUUAAAGUAUUCUUAACAUGAAAUCCACAAAAGCAGAAACAAUGAACCAUUCUUGCACUUUACAGAAUCAUUGUCCUUAGCUUUAGAGGUUGUUAAUUUUUGUUGUUUUUAACAUGAAUAGAAUGUGUGGUUCUGAAGGUGUGUGGGGGUCUCAAGAAAUUGUCCUUUGGGGCUGGGCGCGGUGGCUCACACCUGUAAUCCCAGCACUUUGGGAGGCCGAGGGGGGCGGAUCACCUGAGGCCAAGAGUUCGAGACCAUCCUGACCAACAUCGUGAAACCCCGUCUGUCCUAAAAUACAAAAAUUAGACAGUCGUGGUCGCCUGUAAUCUCAGCUCUUCAGGAGGCUGAGGCAGGAGAAUCACUUGAAUCCAGGAGGCAGAGGUUGCAGUGAGCCGAGAUUGCACCACUGCACUCCAGCCUGGGUGACAGAGUAAGACUCUGUCUCAAAAAAAGAAAAGAAAAGAAAUUGUCCUUUGGUUGCCUUAGUUACCAGAGUUGAAUGAAUGUACAUAUUUCGGUAGUUGGGGGGGAGGGCAGAGCAGAUAACCCCUUCCUUGUCUGUUUCCUUUGAGAAAAGACGCUCCACCUUUUCUCAGUUACUUAAAGCCAUCUUUACAGAUUGCUUGUAAUGUGAGGAAAGAGUCCUGUCCUUUGGAUUGAUGGAGGUUAAGUCAUCAACCACUAGCCCCCUUUCAAAAUCAGCGAGAUAUUUGAUGAUUAAGUGAUUCAUUGGGUAUGUUCUGGCUACUGACGUUACUGAAAUCUGCAAUCGUGUAUGUUUUUUAAUUUGUUGCUUUUGUAUUUGUAAUUUUAUGACAUUCGAAGUUUCUGUGUCUUAACUCUUUUUAAUUAAUUUUCUGCACGUUGCUUUUUUCUCUGUUUUUAAUUCCAUACAGAGUAUUCAAUUCUUGAAACACAUUAAAAUAAUUUGCUUGCUAGGGUAUGGUUUAUUUUAUAAUUACAUUCCUAGUCUUGUGUGGUUAUUGUAAUGAUCUCUGGUCCUAAUUUCUCUGCCCGUAUGAAAAAGAACCCCUUGCAUGUUGAUCCUAAAUAUAAUUUGGAAAUUAA